GCGUGUCUUGGUUCAAACUAUUUGUCCAUUCUAUGAAACCAAGAAAUAAUCCUCAUCUUUGUCCUCUAAUCCGGACAGGUUUUCUCAGUACCCUUCACCAUGUCAGCAUCCGUCGCAGCGUCCAAGACCAAGGUUGCGAAUCUCCUAGCAAAGAAUUUGAAAUACUCAGAAACUUACAAAGCACCAAAUCUUCUCAGUGUUGGUAUCCAGAAAAACAAGGAGCUGGGUAGGAAGUCAACGGAUGUGAUCUCCUGCAGUGACCCUCGAAUCCAUCCCACUCAAUUCCUUGACCUCGAUUUCUCCGAAGCAUCGAUCAUCCGCAACGCAGGCGGUCGAACGGCAGAUGUCCUGCGAUCUCUUCUUGACUUAGAUGCUAUCGGUAGUGUAGGAACAGUGCUUGUGAUUCACCACACAGAUUGUGGGAUGAGCCAGACAUACGAAGCUGGAUUUCAUGAGAGGAUUAUGGCGAAGCAUCCUGCACUUGCUGCUAAGGAGCCGGGUUAUUUGUAUGGUGCUGUUGAUGAUCCGGAGAAGACGGUGGUGCAUGAUGUGGAGUUUUUGAGGAGUUUCCCGUCUAUCAAUGAGAAUAUGCAUGUGGUGGGAAUGGUGCUGGAUACAUUCACGGGGAGGUUGAAGGAAAUUAUUUGA